AUGGAUUCUCAAAAUCCUAACCCCAAAAACUCCCUUUACCCAGAAGUUAUAGUUUCCGACUCCGAAACAUCUAACCCUAAUACAACCUCUUCCUCUCUCUACCCUUCUAUCGACGAAGUCGGCGACCUCGUCGAAGAUCUCUUCCCGGACAACAGAAGUCCCUCCGCUCCACCAAUCGCCGCCGAGGAUAUCCUCAUCAAAAUUCCCGGCGCCAUUCUCCAUCUCAUUGAUCAACAAUACAGCGUCGAGCUCGCAAUCGGCGAUCUCACCAUUAUUCGUCUCCGGCAGGGUGAUAAUACCGUUGCUGUUUACGCUCGUGUUGCAGACGAUAUCCAAUGGCCGCUUGCCAAGGACGAGGCUGCCGUUAAGGUAGACGACUCACAUUAUUUUUUCUCUUUCCGUGUUCGGAAGGAAAAGGAGGAUUCGGAUAGCGAUUCGAGUGACGAUGAAAAUAAAAAGAAAAGCCGGAAAGGGAAAGGAGACGACGGUUUUGAUUUGCUCAGCUACGGUUUGACGAUUGCGUCGAAAGGACAGGAGGAUUUGGUGAAGGAGCUUGAUGAGGUUUUGAAGGAAUGCAGCAGUUUUUCUGUUCAGGAAGUGUCGGAGAAGGCGAAGAAGAAAGGGGAGGCUUUGGAUGGUUCUUUGGCCAUGGAGAUAUCUCCGGUGGAAAUGGAAACAGAAAAGGAGAAGAAGGAAUUGAUGGAGGAAAGAUGUGCUGCUUAUUGGACUACAUUGGCUCCUAAUGUGGAGGAUUACAAUGGAACUGCUGCGAGGCUUAUUGCAGCCGGUUCUGGACAAUUGGUUAAGGGAAUUUUGUGGUGUGGUGAUGUUACCAUUGAUAGGUUAAAAUGGGGAAAUGAGUUCAUGAAGAAGAGGAUGGGUCCUUCUUCACAGGUCGAGAUUACUCCCCAAACGUUAAGGCGAAUCAAAAGGGCUAAAAGAGUGACUAAAAUGACAGAGAGUGUUGCCACUGGGGUCUUAACUGGAGUGGUGAAGGUAUCAGGGUUUUUUACCAGUUCAGUGGCAAAUUCAAAAGCAGGACAGAAAUUUUUCAAGCUUCUACCCGGCGAAGUUGUGCUUGCAUCAUUGGAUGGAUUCAGCAAACUGUGUGAUGCUGUUGAAGUAGCAGGAAAAAAUGUUAUGUCAACAUCAAACACCGUGACAACCGAGGUUGUUCAUCACAGAUAUGGAGAAGAAGCCGCCAAGGCAACUAGUGAAGGGCUAGAUGCUGCUGGUCAUGCUGUAGGGACUGCAUGGGCUGCUUUUAAGAUUCGGCAGGCUUUCAAUCCUAAAAGUGUUCUAAAACCUACCGCCUUGGCCAAAUCUGCAGCUAAAGUUGCUGCUGAAUAUAAGGCUAAAAAAUCCAAGUAA